UAGCAAACAUUUAUGCUGUUACAUGGUUAUCUAUUCAGGGCUCGUGAGAACAGGCAACUGCUAUAGAGCAACUGUUAUCAAAGUAACAUUUAUAACUUAGAAACAGAGCUGAGCAUCAAAAUUGAGCAAUCGAUGGAUGAUAUCAAACAUCAGCUGGCAGACAAGGGGUGGGUGAUAAUAGAGAAUGCAUUGGACCAUGAAGACUGUGACAGAUAUGUUGCCAAGUACAAUCAAUGGCUCAAACAUGUUGAACAAGUGAAUGGAGGAUUUCCACAUAACUACAAAAGCUUGAUAACUGAGUACAGAUCUGGCCAUAUGGAAGCUAGUUGGGAGAUACGCCUCAAAAUUAAGGAUUCCUUUGCAAAAAUCUGGGAAACAGAUAAACUUCUGACUAGUUUUGACAUCCCUGCCAUAGGAAGUCCACCAGAAGAUGGCAGCACUGAGUUCUACACAGAGGGUUCUCAUUGGUUACAUUGUGACCAAUCAGCAGAGAGGAUUGGUCUACAUUGUUACCAGGGUGCAGUGUACCUAGAAACAGCUGAUGAAGAUGAUUGGUGUUUCCAUGCAUUAGAAGGCUCCCACUUUUACCACUCUGAAUUCUAUGAAGCACAUCCAGAGCACAUAGAACCAAGUAUAAAACAGACUCACUGUGACCUAGCAGAUAGGCCUAGUGACAUUGCCUGGUACAAAAAUAAAGGGGCUGUUGAAAAGCGUAUUGCAGUUCCUAAAGGAGGUCUUCUCUUAUGGGACUCCAGACUGAUCCAUGCUAAUGCUCUUCCGAAAAAAGAUCGUAAAAAUCCUGGCAGAUGGCGUUACAUACUAAUUGUUGCCAUGGCACCAGCAAUCUGGAUUGACGAGAAUGAUUUGGCAACAAAACGUGAUGCAUAUGAGAAAAUAAAUAACACUGGACACUGGCCUUCUGAGGGUAUUGAGGUCUACCCACCUGGUGAACAUACAACAAAUAAUAACACCAUCAGUGAGCUACCAGGAGUGGCCCAGACACAUGAGGCAAAGCAACUUGCUGGGGUUGUACCUUAUGAUUUCAAUGAUGGUCAACCUUGUGGACCAGAUUGGAAACCUGAAUGGAAAAGAUAUGCGGUGUCAUGUAGGAAAUGGGACAAUGAGUGUACCGAGCCAAAACAGCCUAAUCCACAGGCCAUGCCUUCUUAAUAGGAUAGAUAUUAAAAAAAGAAAGCACCUAAUUUGCAUGAUAUACCAUAGUAAACAGGUAACAUGUGUGCAAAAUUAUGAAGAAAAUAUAGUAAUAUACAAAAAAACAUAUAAUGUACAAUAAGUACAUCAUACAUGUCAUAGUUCAGCUUAAUAUAGUAUGUUCUGUAAUAUAUAAUUUAUCUCCCCAUGCUGAAAAGGAAAUAAAUAUACUACUAAUGAACUGUCAGGUACCUACUCCUACAUGAACACUAUUGGCAGUUUAUUUAUUGAGAGUACAGAGAGAACAAUAUUUUGGAAGAUGGCAAAGUACCUAUAAUCAACUUUUAGUGUGUAUUUCUAUGCUCUAUCAGCAUUUUGAAAUGGACUAAUCAAACCUAUAGGUCUUUGUAUCUAUUUUGA